AUGAUACCAAAAAAUGCUAUAACCAUUGAAAUUUCACCGCAUGGGCUUCUACAGGCAAUUCUGAAACAAUCAUUAAGCCCCGAUUGCAUUAAUUUAGCAUUAACAAGACGGGGUAAUAAAGACAAUUCAAUUUUAUUACUAUCAGCAUUAGGAAAGCUUUAUAAUCUUGGGGUUCGCAUUAUGCCAGGAAAACUCUAUUCCAGAAUUCCCUAUCCUGUUUCUAGAGGAACUCCAUCGAUUUCUUCACUUUUCCGUUGGGAACAUAGUACUGAUUGGUACGUAAGCACUUUUAGUGGAAGGAGAUUGCAAUUAAUUAAUGAACAUUCGUUUUUGUUGGAUUUGGAAUCAGAUGAAUACAACAGUCCAUUUAAAAUUAGCUCAGGAAAAUUUGAAGUAAAAACGAAAAAAAGAAUCAUGAUAUCUUCUGGAACUAUACGCGUAGUAGAAAGUGAGAAUGAAGUUAUUCCUGAAAAUAUUAUAGUGAAAAAAGAAACAGAACUUUUAUACGAAGAAGAUAUUUACUCAAAUCUACUUUCACAUGGUUAUCAGUACGAAGAACCUUACAAUAUUAUUAGCAGACUUUCUACAUCGUGUUCCAAUGGUACAUUUAAAUGGAGUAGUGACUGGAGAUUUUUACUAGAAGGAUUAAUUCAAGUGCAUAUUAUCAGUAGUAGGAAUAAAAAUAUUUUGAUGCCAAAUAAGAUACAACAACUCAUCAUUGACAUAGGACAAUUAACAGAUGAAAUGAAAAAAAAUAAUGCAUUACCGAUGAAGUUUGACAAACGGGUAAACAUUAUAUUUUGCCCAGGAGUUACUAUGAUUGGAAUCCAAUUCAAAAAAAUAACAAUCGAAAACGAUAUUGGGAAAAUAGUAGCGGAUGAACUACGAUUUAUCCAGAAUAUGGAAAAAAGAGAGAUGGAUAUGGACGACGUAUGCAACUUUGUACUAGGAUUCAUUUCAGAUAAUAUUAGCAAAAGUAGUACAGAGACGAUAAUGGUAGCGGAAGAGUCACAGUAUGAAAAUGAAAAUAUUAUUGAGUGCCUCUAUAAUACCUUAGAAAGGACAAAAGAAAACUUCACUAUGAAACUCAUUGCUAGAGAGUGGCUUAACCAGACGUUAAAUGAAAAUUAUGUUUUGAUGAUUAUAAAUAACGCGCAUUUUAACGAUGUAAGAAAUUUUAUUAAUACUACCGGUAAAGAAUCAUUUUUAUUGACAAUCAUUAAAACAGAAGAUGAAGACAAUGCCAUUACUGCAUUUACAAGCUUAGGACUAAAACUCGUUCUAAAUAUAAAAAUUGUUCUUCAUCGUACGGCUUUACUUUUACAAAAAGAAAAAAAAUUAGGAAAAACGGUUAUCGUUAAUAGACAAGAAAACUCUGCCGAUCAACUAAAAAUCUGUUUACGAGAUUCAAAAUAUGAUAAUGUUAUAUUUUUGGUUAACACUAAUAUUGAUAAUGAUAUAUUCGAGAUACUCAAAAGUAUAAAAGGAGAAUCCGAAUAUAAAAAACUCCAAAUUUUCGACUUACAAGACGAAAAGGCACCGAAAUUCUCACUUAAAAAUGAGUUUUACGAAAAUCAAAUAAAACUAAAUCUUCGUAAAAACGUGUUGUUGCCCAAUGGUGUAUGGGGCACAUACAGAUGGAUGCCAUUGCAAGCAAAGUCUACUUCUCCUUCACGUUGGCAAGCUAAAAUUGAUAAAUCAGGCUCAUUAGUAUGGGUGGAAGAGUUGCCAUUGAUUAAAGAAAAAAAUAGAAGUGUCGUAAAAGUAGAAUUUGCAUCAUUUGACUUGAAUGCUUACGAGUUUUGGUUAAACAAUGACGUCAACUUAGAAUCACAUAUAUCUCUUAUAGAAUAUUCAGGAAGAGAUGAAAAAGGUCGUAGAGUAAUGGGACUUGUUAAUAAUUUAACUAUAAGUAAUGAAAUUUUACCUGAUCCAGAUUUCACUUGGGUUAUUCCUGAAACUUUAAGCUUUGAAGAAGCUGCAACGAUUCCCCAUGCUUAUUUGGCAGCUUUCAGCAUUUUACAUUCUAACACGCUUAGGUUUAAACAUAUAAAAUCUAUAUUAAUACAUUAUGGUGCUAGCGACGUAGGACAAGCUCUUAUAAAUGUAUCUUUAUCAUAUAAUUUUGAUGUUUACACUACUUACGAAACGGAGGCUGAAAAACGAGUCAUUGAGUCAAUACGACCACGUUUACCAAGAACUCAUAUUAUUAAUAUUAAUAACUAUAAAAGUAAUAUUCUGAAUAUUACAAAGGGCAAAGGCAUAGAUUUCGUAGUGGCAAACCACUUCAUAUUAGAAGAUAUAAAUACUUCUUUAGACAUUCUCAAUGAUUUGCAACAUUUCGCAAUAAUCUAUGAUUCUAAAGAGCCUUGUUAUAGUCAAAUAGCCCUAGCUCCUUUUAUAAGGCAUUUAAGUAUGUAUAGCUACUGUAUGCAAGACCUUAUCAGGGUGACACAGAAUCAGACGAGAGUAGCAGCAGAACUGAUGAGAAAAGCUCUUCAAACGGGAAGCCUGAAACCAAUUAUAUCACGAAGACUUUUUCUUCAGGGAACAACAGAUGGAAAAAAAAACGAGGCUUGUGAACGUUAUGGAAAAGUUCUGGUCAGCUUGCAAGAAAAAAAGGGACUAUCUAAAUUAAUUCCUAAGCUUCUCUUCCAUAGCGAUAAAUGCUACCUCGUCAUUGACGGCUUCAAUACCUUUGGCAUGGGAUUGAUCGAAUGGAUGAUUGAACAAGGAGUUAGAAACUUAUUCAUAGCUUCUAAUAAGUUAAACCGAUAUCCCGAAAACUUGGUCUUUAGAUGGCGUGAAAAUGGAGCAACGGUCAUUAUCCGUGAGGAAGUAGACAUGAACAAAGAAACGAGUUUUGAAAACUUGCUUAAAGAAGCUGUUUCUAUUGGUCAACUCGAUGGUAUAUUUGAUCUACAGAGAACGAAGAUAGAUUCGUCAAUUUCUUCGUCAAAGUAUUUCAAUGUUACUGAAUUACUCGAUAAAUGUAGUAGAAAGCUAUGUCCAUCACAUGUAAAAUUCUUCAUUUUCUCGUCGCUCAACUUGGACGAAGAUGGCUUAAGAGACCCUAAUGUAGAAAAAUUAUGCAAAGAAAGAAACGAAUCUGGCCGUCAUGGGUUAUUUAUUUUACUGCCUAAUUUUGUGGAAAAUACACUUAAUGAGACGCAUUUCAAGAAUAUAUAUUACACAAAAAUGUCAUUAUUUUUAAAACAACUAAGUGCUCUACUCUCCACAGAUGCUUCAUUAAUUGCUGUGCGCCAAAUAAUAAAAGAUCAUUCCGUACAUGAAAACGAGUCAAAUAUCGUAGCUGCGGAAACCGACAAAAAGCAAAAAUCUAACGAGGCGAUCCUACAAGAAGAAGUACGUCGUUUCGAACAAUAUAUCUACGGCUAUGCCUAUUAA